CAGAAACACACCGAGUGCGGGGAUGUGAUGUUACAUCCUUGCCAUGCUGUGCCAUGCUGUGCCGUGUCUUUGCACGAGAGGGUUUGGCCACACAGGCCACUCCCUCGCGUUGUUUGGUUGCGUGCUUUUUCGCUUAUCGCCCCCUAGCUCUGUGCCUCACUGUCUACACUAUUCCACUCACUAUUCUAUUCGGGCCAACCAGCCACUUUCCGGGGGCAAUCUUAGGUGAAGUUCAGCUGGCCUAAUAGAGCGUGUUCGAGGGGGGGUCGCGUUCUGUCCUGUCCAGCUCACCUCCAUCACGUUCUUUUCUCCACAACUGGGCGACCGAAGUCGAUCUUUAGUUCGACCUAUUGUCGUCUAACUCGGGUCCCGAUAUUGUCGGUUUCUUUCUCGCGCAGUCAUUAUCGUUCUGUAUUAAGGUAUUGCGUAUCCUUGCGCAUAUCAAUCGCUAUGUCGAAAGACGAGCUUGAGCUUAAUGUCGGGAAUCUUCUCCGCGAUGAAUCGUCGUCAAGUUUUCGCAAGCGUGAUAAUUAUGAUGACGACGCGGUCCUACGGCGGCUUGGGAAGCGGCCAGUCCUAACUCGAAGUUUUGGAUUCAUGUCAAUUCUCGGCUUCUCCUGUUCGGCAUUAUGUUCGUGGGAGAGCAUUCUCCUGACGAGUGUUCCAGGUCUGAUCAUAGGUGGACCGUCCGGUCUUAUAUGGGGGCUCGUAGUCAAUUGGGUUGGAGUUAUUUCUAUGUAUGCGACGUUAGCUGAAUUGGCUUCGACAGCACCCACUGCUGGUGGUCAAUAUCACUGGGUUUCGAUGCUGGGUCCAAAGUCAUGUUCAACCUUCUUAUCAUACAUGACUGCCUGGCUUACAACAUUAGCAUGGCAAGCAAUUUCUGUCAUGUGCAGUUACCUUGUCGCGACUCUUCUACAAGGCAUCAUUGUUUUAGCUCACCCAACAUAUAUACCUCUAGCAUGGCACACCGUACUGCUCAUAUGGGCUUUUGCUCUUUUCACCACCUUCAUAAAUUCUACCACGAGUCGUAUAUUGGCAAAGUUAGAGGCCUUCAUUCUCAUUCUCCAUUUAACCGGCUUCUUCGGAGUUUUAGUCCCAAUGGUGUAUUUUGCACCUCACAAUGAACCGAGCUUUGUCUUUUCAACAUUCCUCAACAAUGGGAACUGGCCUACACAGACGAUGGCUUUCUUUGUUGGGUUCCCCACGCUUGCUACGGCUAUAGUCGGAGCUGAUUGUGCUGUUCAUAUGUCCGAAGAGAUACAAUCGGCUCCCCUAGUAGUUCCUCGGGCGUUGAUGUAUACGGUUCUUAUUAACGGAGCACUUGCAUUGGGUAUGGCUAUCGCUAUGGUGUUUUGUAUCAGCGACUUGGAUGCAGCAAUGGCAGCUGUCGAUACCAUGUUCUACCCUUUCCUCCAGGUCGCUGAUUCCGCGGUUAAGUCAACCACAGGGGCUUGCCUUAUGGCGGGUGUCAUCUUCGCCUUGACAGUAGCGGGUAGCAUUGGUAUAUAUGCCUCGACGGCCCGCAUGCUCUGGUCUUUUUCUCGGGACAAAGGCGUUCCAUUUUCAAACCACUUGGUAAAGCUCACCAAGAACACUCUCCCAACGAAUGCAAUUCUUACUACCUUCGCUGUCACCAUAAUCUUAUCAUUAAUUGCGCUUGGGUCUGCCAUCGCCCUCCAGGCCUUGUGCUCCUUGUCGGUAGCUGCUCUGUUUGCUUCCUACAUGAUUCCUUGUGCUCUUCUUCUUUGGCGCCGUACUACAGGGGGGAUGCGUCCUUAUUCGGGAGAAACAGAGGACCCUGAUCAAGAAGUUAGUUGGGGGCCUUGGCGAAUCCCCGAGCCAUUGGGAACCAUUAAUAAUAUAUUCGCCUGCGUAUAUAAUGUGGUAACGCUAUUUUGGUCCUUCUGGCCUCAGACGAACGAUCCAACGGCGGAGACGACUAAUUGGAGUGUUCUACCCUUUUGUGUCGUUAUCUUGUUUUCUAUCAUAUGGUAUCCUCUCCGGGCGAAGAAACAUUACAAAGGUCCUAUCAGGGAGGUUUGA